ACGAUUGUCAGUCUUAGUUUAGUGGUCACAUCAUUAAUUUGAUCUGCAAACAGAACCAACAGUUUUUCGCAACAUUUACUACACUCAACCGUACUACAACAGUCAAUUCUAGACAAAAUGUUCCGAUUGAUCAUCGUCUCCGCCCUGGCCGCCGUUGCCCUCGCCCAGAACCCGGACGCCGAAGCUCAGAUUCUCUCGUCGGACAAUGUCGUCAACCCGGACGGUUCCUACGCCUGGAACUACGAAACCAGCAACGGAAUCCGUGCCCAGGAGGAAGGCGUCGGAGGCCAAUCGGCUCAGGGUAGUGCCUCGUGGACCGACCGGGACGGAACUCCAAUCCAGCUGACCUACGUCGCCGAUGUCAACGGAUUCCAGCCACAGGGUGCCCAUCUGCCACGUGAAGGCCCAGCGCCUGCCCACGUCCUGAAGACCCUGGAAUUCAUCCGGGCCAACCCACCCAAGGAUGACCCCAACUUCAACAUCCAGGCCCUAGAGGUGGAAAUCGCCAGACUGCAAGCCCUUCAGUAAACCCUGAGUCCACGAAACCCCAGUCGCGGGAAUCGGAACUCGCAGCGACCUGUGCUCAUACUCAAAAACAAACCAAUCGCUAGAAAAAAGCAAAAUCACAACCCAUGAAAACCGACGAGGAGGAAUUUCUUAAAAUUUUGUGUAAAUUUGUUGUACAUAUUCGCUAGUUUUUAAUUUACCACUUCCCUUUGAUGAGCGACACGUCGAAUACCUUUCUUUACCUUGUUUUUAUUUGUUCUGUUCCAGCAUGCAUUUAAUGCACUGUUAAACUUGUGACAAACGACAUCUCAAUGUGCCCAUAUCGCAACUUAAUUACCACAAUUUUCCACCAUUUACGUAUUUUGUUUCUGAACAACGAAGAAGAAAGAGAUUAACUUUAGACGUUAAACGUCAUUGGAUGAAACUGCAUCCGAUCUAAUCGAAAGGUAAAAGGUGAAGAAUAGCAUCCCUACAAAAAUCAAGACCUAAAUCGAGGAAAUAACAAUACGAUAGAACAGAAAAUCGCACCCUUUAAAAAGAUAAACAGAGAGAGAGAGGGGGGAGAGGCGAAGAUGAUAUUAGAGCAACUUUUUUUUUAAUUACUAUUAUUACCUUUUAUUAUUUCUUAAAAACCAGAAACUCAGCUAAGGAUAGGAGAGAAAGUGAAAGAGAAGAUACUAUCUCAAUGGAUGACAUAACUUGUUCAUACAAACAAUAAAGGAUAUUACUUUUAUAAACCUAAAAA